GAGAGAGAGAGAGAGAGAGAGAGAGAGAGAGAGAGAGAGGGAGAGGGGUGAUGGCGAUACUGUACGCGCUGGUGGCGAGGGGAUCGGUGGUGCUGGCGGAGUUCAGCGCGACGGCCACGAACGCCAGCCAGAUCGCCAGGCAGAUCCUCGAGAAGACCCCCGGCACCCACGACAGCCACGCCUCCUACUCCCAGGAUCGCUACAUCUUCCACGUCAAGCGCACCGACGGCCUCACCGUCCUCUGUAUGGCCGACGACACCGCCGGCCGGAGAAUUCCGUUUGCCUUUCUUGAAGACAUUCAUCAGAGAUUUGUUAGGACUUAUGGCCGUGCAGUUCUCUCUGCUCAGGCUUAUGCCAUGAAUGAUGAAUUUUCAAGGGUUUUAAGCCAGCAAAUGGAGUAUUAUUCCAAUGAUCCAAAUGCAGAUAGAAUUAAUCGGUUGAAAGGUGAAAUGAGUCAGGUUCGAAAUGUCAUGAUUGAAAAUAUUGACAAAGUUUUGGAUAGAGGUGAUCGUUUGGAAUUGCUGGUUGAUAAAACUGCCAACAUGCAAGGGAACACCUUCCGGUUCAGAAAGCAGGCUCGUCGCUUCAGAAGCAAUGUAUGGUGGAGAAAUGUGAAGCUCACGGUUGCGCUUAUUAUUCUCCUUUUGGUAAUUGUUUAUGUUGUACUAGCAUUUGUCUGCCAUGGCCUCGCUCUACCAUCCUGCAUUAAGUGAGGAUCAAUGAUUGGUGAGCUUUGAAUAUUCUUCUUCGAUUGAUUUAACCUCCCCUGUUUUUUUGUUCUUUGUAUUUGGGUGAAAUUGGGGAUUGUUGUAAGGUGUCUUGGUUCUCUUGUCCAGGAUUUGAAAUUCUUCCUUGUGUGGUCGCGUGUGUAUGUGUUUCUAAUGGAGAGUGGAAGAGGUUUAUGUCUCUCAUCUACCUUAUUGUGGCUUGAUGGGUCAAGAACAAAUUUUUCUGGUGUAAAAUUAUAGAGAUUGCUUAGA